AGCAAUUGACCAGCCGCUUGCACUGUCCAGGAUGCCGACUACACAGUUUGCUUUCAAGGAAAAAUACCGAUACCAGAACGGCUUCGGCUCCUACCAUGAAACAGAAGCAGUAGAAGGCGCUCUCCCAGUGGGCGCAAACUCGCCGCAAAAGCCUCCGUACGGGCUCUACGCUGAAAAACUCUCCGGGACCGCCUUCACAGCCCCCAGACACGAGAACCAGCAAUCAUGGCUCUAUCGCAUCUUGCCGUCGUGCGGCCACAGCAACUUUGAAGCGCGCGAGUCCAAGACGUUCAACACAAACCCCGAGAACAAGCCGUGGGAGCGGAUACACUACAUCCCAAACCAGCUGCGGUGGGACCCGUUUGACCUCGACGAGACGGUCGACUGGGUGCAUUCGCUCCACCUGGUGGCGGGUGCGGGCGACCCUACCAUGAAGUCGGGGGUCGGGUACUUUAUAUAUGCUGCCGGAAAGGACAUGGCGGCCAACGAGGCGUUUUACUCGGCUGACGGCGACUUUCUCAUUGUCGCUCAGCACGGUGUGCUCGAUAUCCAGACUGAGCUGGGCCGUCUGGUUGUGCGUCCAAACGAGAUCUGCGUGAUUCCGCGCGGCAUCCGAUACCGCGUCACGCUUCCUGAAGGCCCGGUGCGAGGCUACAUCCUCGAGCUGUAUCAGGGCCAUUUUACACUUCCUGAGCUGGGCCCCAUUGGCUCCAACUGCCUUGCCAACGCGCGAGACUUCCAGGCACCCGUGGCCGACUUUGACGAAGACACGGAGACGGAGUGGCAAAUUCUCGCAAAAUUCGCCGGCCAUCUGUACGCGGCCAAGCAGAAGCAUACGCCGUUCGACGUGGUGGCAUGGCACGGCGUCUACUACCCUUACAAGUACGAUCUCGGGCGAUUUAACACGGUAGGGUCCAUUUCGUAUGAUCACCCCGACCCGUCUAUUUUUACGGUUCUCACGGCGCCGUCGGACCACGCAGGGACAGCAGUGGCCGACUUCGUCAUCUUCCCGCCUCGGUGGCUAGUGGCCGAAGACACGUUCCGACCGCCAUGGUACCACCGCAACACCAUGUCCGAGUUCAUGGGCCUGAUCGGCGGGCAGUACGAUGCAAAGACUGGCGGUGGGUUCCAGCCGGCGGGAGCGUCUCUGCACAAUGUCAUGUCGGGCCACGGCCCCGAUGUUACGACUCACGACAAGGCGUCGAAUGCCGAUCUGCAGCCGGCCAAGGUGGGCGAGGGCAGCAUGGCCUUUAUGUUUGAGAGCUCGCUGAUGAUUGGCGUGACGGACUGGGGGCUAAAGACGUGCCAGAAGGUGCAGGAAGGGUACAAUGCGGAGAGCUGGGAGCCGCUGAAGCCGCAUUUCAAGAGGCCUGGCAAAUAGCUGUCGGUGGUGGUGGAUAAUGGCGCUUCAGCACUAGCGGCAGGAUCCGAAGGGCCACUACAUGUGAACAAGACAAGUGGCUGGUUGUGAUUGUAGCGAUAAGUUUUAGAGUAACUAUGGGUUCCCUAC